GACUUGUGCGCCCGGGAAACCCCGUUGCUCCCUUUCCCCUGGCUGGCAGCGCGGAGGCCGCACGAUGCCUGGAGUUACUGUAAAAGACGUGAACCAGCAGGAGUUCGUCCGAGCUCUGGCAGCCUUCCUCAAGAAGUCCGGGAAGCUGAAAGUCCCUGAAUGGGUGGACACUGUCAAGCUAGCCAAGCAUAAAGAGCUUGCUCCCUACGAUGAGAACUGGUUCUACACGCGAGCUGGAGAAAAGCUGGAAAGCAGAUGGCACAGGGCCUGGCACAUGGGUGCUCCAGGUGAACAGAAAUCUUCCACAGCACGGCACCUGUACCUCCGGGGCGGCGCUGGAGUUGGCUCCAUGACCAAGAUCUAUGGGGGACGUCAGAGAAACGGUGUCAUGCCCAGCCACUUUAGCAGAGGCUCCAAGAGCGUGGCCCGCAGGGUCCUCCAAGCCCUGGAGGGGCUGAAAAUGGUGGAAAAGGACCAAGAUGGGGGCCGCAAACUGACACCUCAGGGACAGAGAGAUCUAGACAGAAUCGCUGGACAGGUGGCAGCUGCCAACAAGAAGCAUUAGAACAAAUGAUGCUGGGUUAAUAAAUUGCCUCAUUCGUA